CCCUGACUUUUGAUCCAAGUUACAAUUUUUUGGCUAAAUUCAUUUGUAAAAAUAAUACUAGCACAUUUCUAAAACAAACUUAGUCAAACGUUAAAUCCACAUAAAUAAGCACUUCCUCCUCUGCCUGCAGAUGCUUAAAUAGAUGUGAAACUCUGAGCUGAUCCUAUUUUGAAAGCCUCUGUUGAGAAGAGUUAUGCUUUACACAUUCCUGUAACAACUGCUUAAAACCCAGUACGACAUGAUGUGGAUCACUCUGCUUGUUCUUACACUGUGUGUUCCUUUGUCUUCUGGAAUUGGCUGUGAAAAUAUUCUCUCUGCAUGUCAGAAUUCAGGUGUGCCAAACUGGAUCAGGUGCUAUGAGGACAAAGUCACAACCUGCCUACCAAGAGGCCGUUCCUUUCCUCCUGGAUUUUCUCGUCAAACAGUAAACUCAUCAGAAGAGGCUAAAGUAAACAAAGGGAAAUACAGCGUUCACAUCCCUUCCUCAGCUCUACGAAUGAGCCGAGGGUCUGCAUCUGAGAAGGAAGUAACAGUGGUGGCCACAGUCAUCAACAGCACAUUGUUUAAGCAAGCACCUCCUCGACAAAGAAGGAAAAAGGUGAUGACCUACCAGGGAACUGCUUUGGGAGGGUUUGUUCUGUUUGUGAAGGCAGGAAGUCAACCAGUCAAAAACCUCUCUCAGCCUGUCAGGUUAAUCUUUCAGCGUGAGAAUAAGGAGGAAACUGGAACUUGUGUAUUUUGGCAGGAAUCAGAGAACCAGACUGGAGCAGGUUACUGGAGCACAGACGGCUGUCACACCGACCUCAGCAGAGACCAGUUUAACUGCAGCUGCAACCACCUGAGCUUCUUUGCUGUACUUGUGAACCCAGACAUAACACUGGAUGAAACACAAGAGGACAACCUGAGUCGUAUCACCUAUUUUGGAUCGGGACUGUCAGCUUUCUUUUCCUUUGUCAGUUUGUUCAUCUAUGCUCGCCUGCAUCGAAGACGUCCAGAGAAGGCCAUUGGCAUUCAUGUGCAGCUAACACUGGCACUGUUCUGCCUCCACCUUGGCUUCCUGCUGUGCAGUUUCUUGGUCCAGCAGCUGGAUAAGGUCGAUAACAGCUGGGUCUGUCGUGGACUGGGCCUGUUUUUACACUGGUCACUCCUUGCCACCUGUACCUGGUUAGCUUUGGAAGGAUUCCACCUUUACCUUCUCCUGGUCCGUGUCUUUAACUUGUAUGUUCGAAAAUACCUGCUCAAACUCAGCUUGGUCGGAUGGGGUCUUCCUACCCUGCUUGUAAUUGUUUGUGGGAGUUUAGGUGUUUAUGGCAAAUACGUCUUGAAAAUGCAGAAUUCCAGCAACCACACGUCAACGUCAGAAAUAUGCUGGAUGAGCAGUGAUUUCCCGCACAGGAACUACAUCAGCUACAUCACUGUGGCCUACCUCUUCCUCGUGGUUCUGUGUAAUUCCUGCAUGUUGACGCUGGUGGUGUUUAAACUGAAGAGGAUUAGAGGUGGUACAGGAGGCUAUGAAAGCAGCAGUGACUGGAAGAAGGUGAAAAAAGAGAAAUGGCCCAGCUUAUGGAAGAACUGCAUCACUGUGCUGGGCCUCAGCUGUGUACUGGGGUUGCCAUGGGCAUUAGCUAGCACCGCAUACAUCAGCUUACCUGGGAUCUACAUCUUCACAGUAUUCAACAGCCUGCAAGGUUGGUUUAUGUUCAUGUGGUCUGUGGCUUUGUCCUGCAAGGCUCAAUCUGAAAGUAACUCAGAAGUCAGAACCGCUUCCUCUCAGAAAAUGAUGACAACCAGUUUCAAUAACUGACACUUGUUAGACAGAGAAUGUUCUAUAUGGUUUAUAUUAGGACUUAAAUGGUCGAUGAAUUGCAUCAGUAUGCUUCUAAUUCUCUUAGUCAUUCACUCGGUCAUUUUGUUAAUCUUCACUGGGGUUUUGGGGGAGCUGGUGUCUAUCUUCAGCUAGAGGCAAGGAACACCCUGGACAGUCUGCAGUCCAUCACAGUGACACAAAAAGACACAUCUAUUCAACAGUUAACCUGACAUGCAUGUAGUUGAUCUGUGGGAGGAAACCGGAGAACCUGAAGAAAACCUGCACAUGCAUGGGGAGAACAUGCUUACUCAUCACAAACAGGCAGCAGCAGGAACUCAAACCUGCAACCUCCUCCUCGCUGUAGGGCAACAGUGUUACAAACUGUGUCACAAUGCAACAUGCUUUAAGUCAGAUAAUUUUUUCUGAUUUAUUAGAGUAAAAAUAAAAAAUAGAAUUUCUCCUUCCGUAUUUAUUGUUUGUACAGGUAUGAUUUUUAUGAAGUACUGAUCUUAAAGGGGCAUUAUGAUGAGUUUUGUAAUGUUUUAAUAGUUCCAAAACAUGCUCAUUAAAUUCUUUGCACAAAAA